AUGGCGGACCUCAGAGUCAAGAGGAUGGAGACGGGCCAAGCGAAGAUCAGGAACGUGCCCAUCGCCGUCACCCCAGAAGGGUUCUGGUGCUGCCCCUCCCCCGCAGCCUUCCAGAAGACGAUGAAGAACCAGAGCUUUCAUGGCAACUCCAGGCCCUCCCCUACCCCUCCCUCGCCGGCUCCGACGAAGGUCUCCCUCCACCGGACGCAGCUCCUGCCGGCGGAGAGAUCACCGAUCCCCGAGGCGCCUGGUUCGAACCCCGCCGCCGCCACUGGCGGAGCUCCGGCGAGGACGCCGAAGAGGAGCUCGGAGAACUCUUCUCAGCGGAAGAUCACCGUCGGCUUCGGCCAACCCGAGACCAGCGACCUGAAGGUCCUCCUCUCCGGGAAGGAGGGCAUCCCCGUGAGGAUGAACGUCCACAGGGACGUCCUCGCAGAGCACAGCAUCUUCUUCGCCGACCGCCUGUCCGCCGUCCCCCAGUCUCCACCGCCGUGCCUGGACCUUCCCGAUUGCGAGGAUGUGGAGAUCUACGUCGAGACCGUGGGGUUGAUGUACUCCAAGGACGUGAAGCAGAGGCUUAUCAAGCAGAGCGUUCCCCGAGUCCUCCGCAUAAUGAAGGUCCCGAGGAACCUUCUUCUUCUUCUUCUUCUUCUUCUUCUUCUUCUUCUUCUUCUCCAUCGUCUUCUUCGUCCGUUCCUUCAUUGUCUUCUUUUGCGCAGGUGGCGGAGGCGCUAGGGUUCCAGGCCUGCGUGAGGGCGUGCCUGGAGCACCUGGAGGCGGUGCCGUGGGUGGAGGAGGAGGAGGAGAGCGUGGUCUCCUCCGUGCGGCACCUCCACGCGAAGAACCUCGGGGCCAGCAGGAUCCUCCGGCGGGUCUCGUCGGAGGCCGCCACCGCACCCAACGAGACCAUCGAACGGAUCAUCGAGCUGGUUCUCCGCAGCGGCGAGGACAAGGGCCGCCGGGAGAUGAAGUCCCUGGUGCUCAAGCUUCUGAAGGAGAACAGCCUCCUGAUCGGCGGCAGCGGCGGCGCCGCCGGAGACGUAUGCUUGGGGACGCUCUACGACUCCUCGCGGAGCUGCUUGGAGUCGCUAAUGUCGCUCUUCCGGCGCGCUUCCGAAGAGGAUGCGGCGGCGGCGGCGGCGGCGGCGGAGAAGCUCCGGCGGGAGAUCUGCCUCGAGGCCGACAACCUGCUGUGGCUCGUGGAGAUCAUGGCGGAGCGGCGCGCGGCGGAGGAGUUCGCCGGAGUGUGGGCCGGGCAGGAGGAGCUGGCGGCGCUGCACCGGAGGCUGCCAGUGGCGUCGCGCCACCUGGUGAGCUGCGUGACGGCGAGGCUGUUCGUGGGGAUCGGCAGAGGGGAGGUGCUGCCGGCGAAGGAGACCCGCCGGCGGCUCCUCCGGCUGUGGCUGCAGCCGCUGAUCGAGGACUUCAACUGGUUGCAGCACCGGCGGCGGUCCUUCGACGGGAAGGUGGUGGAGGAGGGGAUCGGGAAGACGAUCCUCACCCUCCCCCUGGAGGACCAGCAGAGCGUCCUCCUCUCCUGGCUCGGCAGCUUCUUGAAGGCCGGCGAUGGCUGCCCUAAUCUCCAGCGGGCAUUCGAGGUCUGGUGGCGCAGGACCUUCAUCAGGCCUUUCAUGGAGCAGCACCGCCACCGCCACCAGCAGCAAGGGGAUGCUUGUGGAGGUUGA